AUGUCUGAAAUAACAUCUUUAAUAUUUAUCUGCUGUAAUGAAUUAUUUCUUAUUGGAAGAUUCGUUUCUCAAAUUUGGCGCAUAUUUUUCGAUAAUAAACUUUCCAUGUUAUUAACUAAACUUGAAUCAAUUCACGAAAAACUGUUACGUCUGAAUGUAAAAGGGCUGAUGAAAAUAACAUAUAUGAAUUGGAUUCCUAUAGUUAUAAUGAUUGUAAAUGUGAUGUUUGGGAUUAUGGCUUCAACAGUAUGGAUGAUGAUGCAUAAACAUUUAUUUGAAAUAAAAGAUAUGGUCAUAUGUAUGAUUUUAAGUAUUUGCCACUGCAUUGUUCUUUAUGAAUAUAUACUACUAAUAUCAUACAUAAAGUGGAUGGUCUACAUAAUAAAUGAACAAAUACCGGAAAGAAAAUCGAACUUAAGUACAUUCAGAGACAUGCAUUUGGAAGUUAUAGAAUGCUUACACCAAGUCAAUAGAUCAGUAUAUGGUGUGCCGGGCUUUGUUGUUUUUAUUGCAGGAAAUGUCGCUGAAAUCAUUAUAAUUAUAUACGGACAUUUAUUGUUUCCUAGAAAUUAUAUUAAUGAUAAUUAUUUGGUAUUUUCUUUCAUAGUGAUGUUAAUGAAAACAGUCAAUAUUCUAACCAUAUACAUGAUUGGUGACGCCACGGAAAAAGAGGUAAAUCAAAUGAGUAUUGUCUUACAUCGACGAUCUGUAAUAGAAAGAAACCCUAGAAUUAAACGUCAGAUCAAGUUUUUUUUACUACGCAGAUUACACGAACACUACUAUUUCAAGGUGUAUGGAAUGUGUCAUAUUAAUCUAAGACAACUACAUAGUUUAUUAAAUAAAGCAAUUGGUUAUUUAGUAAUUCAAAUUUUGUUCAAAUUGAAUAAAAAAUAA